AUGCCUGUAGAUCAAGAAAAAUUAGCGAAACUUCAAAAAUUGUCAGCAACCAACAAAGUUGGUGGUACUAGGAGGAAAAUAAAUAAGAAAGGUAAUCUAUUUAGCAAUAACGACAAAGAUGAUAGCAGAUUACAAACGGAAAUACACAAACUACAUCCGUUGACUAUUGAAAAUGUUGCCGAAGCAAACUUCUUCAGAAAAAACGGGAAGGUUUUACAUUUUAGCAAUACCGUUGUUGAAAUUGCGCCUCAAUGUAAUGUUACAAUGAUUCAUGGCCAACCAAAAGAGAAUACAAUUAAUGGGUUGUACCCUAGUAUAGCCUCUCAGUUAGGUAGCCAAGAGCUUGAUUAUCUAACAGAUCUAGCUCACAAGCUAGAAAAUGAGCAGACAAAUCUCGACCAAUUAGUUGACAAUGGUACCGAAACAAAUGGGCAAACGACAAAUGGUUAG